AUGGCCCCCGGGCCACCAAAUCUCGGGGACAACAGGUUUGCAUUGCUUGCCUCGGGUCCCCAGUCAAAAAGGAAAAAACCAACAUAUACCCCAAUAAACUUCCCUGACUUGCCGCAGUUGAAAAAAGAAAACCCUAAAUUUCUCACAAUUCGUGCUGCUGAUGCAAAUAAACCGAUUUCCAAAUACUCGUGCUUUGCUGUGCAUAAAGCGCUAGAAUCCAUAAGUAAGGAAAUAAUCUCAAAAGCUGAGCUACGUGACGGUAACCUAUUGCUUUUGGUUAAAAACUCCCAAAUAGCGCAAAAAUUCAUUUCCACUAAAAACCUAAUUGGUGUAUGUGAUAUUGUAGUGAACUACCAUGAUAACCUGAACAGCUCAAAAGGCACAAUUUUCGCACCGUGCUUAAACAAUGUGGACGAAAAAGAGAUUAUUGAAAAUAUGAGCGCACAAGGUGUCACAGGCGUUUAUAAAUUUUCAAAACUGGAAAAUAAUGUAUCACAAUAUACAGGAACCGUACUUCUCACAUUCAACCUCUUCAAGCUCCCGGAAAAAGUCGAAGUAUCGUGGUGUAUUGCAAAAGUCAAACCUUAUUACCCAAACCCAAUGAGGUGUAAAACCUGUCAGCUUUUAGGGCACACAGCUAAACGCUGCAACAAUGCACCCUCCUGUCAAUCAUGCAAUUUCCCCCCACACCCACCACCAUAUUCACGUAUCUACUGUGCAAAUUGUGCAGGCGAUCAUCCAUCCUCUUCUAAAUCAUGCCCAAAAUAUAUGCAAUCUAAAGAAAUAUUGAAAAUCAAAUGCCAAAACAAAUGCUCAAUGCGCGAAGCACUUAAACUCUACAAGGAACAGAAACCGACCACACUCAGCGCCUCAUUUGCUGCUGUUGUAAGCGAGUCCCAAAAUCUGAGCAAGAUCGAACAAAGCAAAACGAAACCCUAUGCCGCUUUAGCACCUAACCCAUCAAGCAAAUCACCGAGCACAGCUUCGCUCAAUGCUCACUCCGACACCUUAAUACAACCGAACUCAACUUCACCCAACACCACAACAGAAAAUAACAAGAACCUGCAAAUAAGCAACUCUCAAUCGUCUAUUGAUUCACUAAGUAUUCCUUCUGGUACUUCAUUCCAAAUAAACUCAGAUUUAAGCAAUCUUGUCUCAGAAAACAAUAACGACCACGUAAGCAAAACAAUGCCGUCGUUUGUACCAAAUGAACUCAAUUUCAACUCUCACCCUCAGUUUUCACCACAUACUCCACUUCUCUUAGACUCCACUCUCUCCCAUAUCCUCACACAAGCUCAAAGUAUACAAACUGCAUACGUUCCACAAUCACACACAUCACAGACAUCCAACUCUUCAGCAAUCAAUCAAAUACUAAGCCAAACUCAAUUCGACGGUAAUAACAUCCACGAUCAGACGAUGUCAGACAACGAUCAGACAAUGUCACACAGCGAUCCUCAAUAUAUGUAA